AUGAGAGACGGCCACGACCGACAUGCUGCAGGCGACUCGACCUGCGUGAGUCGGCUUGAAGAGUUCCUUGCACUGGGUACUCGCGUGCAUAGCUCCGUCGCCGCGCAGAGCGUGCUGGCCAAGCAGCGGCAGGCCGCCUGCGGGCUCGGGCAGCACGCAGGCCCCCGGAGCUGCGGAUGGGCCUCGGAUCUCGGGCGCAGGAGGAGUGUGGGGAUGCAGGUGAACGUUGGAAUCGUGCUUCUUGUUUCACUGGUAGCGAGCCAGCAGCGGGUCAAUUGUGCCUGCUCUGCCCCUGCCAAUUGA